UUUUUUCUUCGUCCACUAUAUUUAACUUUUUGUCUCUGCAUUACAAACUUACUAGUGUAACGUACUAUUUUCUAGUACUUGUAAUAUCUUUCUUUCAAUUCUUUUAGUAGUUAGCGCGGCAUUUAGCAAAACCCUAUAAUAUCCGAAAGAAAAAAAAAGAGACACUAAUUGAUAAGAAUGUUGAUCAUUUUUGUUGGUUUGAUCACAUUAGUAUUAUUAUGUGUACUUAAAUCCUCUGUUUUCCGGUUAUCCGGUACACGAAACCGGAAACUUCCUCUUCCUCCGGGUACCUUAGGAUGGCCGUAUAUUGGCGAAACGUUUCAACUAUACUCUCAAAACCCAAAUGUCUUCUUUGCUUCAAAGCAGAAAAAGUAUGGUUCGGUAUUUAAGUCACACAUAUUGGGUUGUCCAUGUGUGAUGAUUUCUAGCCCAGAAGCUGCAAAGUUUGUAUUGGCUACCAGAUCAAAUUUGUUUAAACCAACAUUUCCUGCUAGUAAAGAAAGGAUGUUGGGUAAACAAGCUAUUUUCUUUCACCAAGGUGAUUAUCAUGCUAAGCUUAGAAAGCUUGUUCUUCAGGCUUUCAUGCCCGGCGCAAUCAGAAACUUCGUCUCUGAUAUCGAUUCCAUUGCCACUCAAACACUUCAGUCUCUGGAAGGUUCCUUAAUUAACACCUUUCAAGAAAUGAAAACUUAUACAUUCAAUGUGGCUCUGUUAUCAAUAUUUGGAAAGGAUGAAGUGAAGUACAGAGAAGAUCUAAAGCGGUGUUACUACAUACUAGAAAAAGGGUAUAACUCAAUGCCUAUAAAUUUGCCAGGAACACUUUUCAAUAAAUCAAUGAAGGCAAGAAAAGAGCUAGCUCAAAUCUUAGCUCAAAUCAUAUCAACUAGAAGAGAAAUGAAGAAGGACCACCAAGACUUAUUAGCUUCCUUUAUGGGUGAUAAAGAAGGUCUCACUGAUGAACAAAUUGCUGACAAUGUCAUUGGUGUUAUUUUUGCUGCUAGAGAUACUACUGCUAGUGUUCUCACUUGGAUUAUUAAGUACCUUGCUGACAACCCUUCUGUUCUGCAAUCCGUCACGGAAGAGCAAGAAGCAAUUAUUAAAGAAAAAGUAGAAAGUGGAGAAGAAAAGGUCCUAAAUUGGACAGAUACCAAGAAGAUGCCUUUUACUACAAGAGUGAUUCAAGAAACUUUAAGGGUGGCUUCAAUUUUAUCAUUUACUUUCAGAGAAGCUGUUGAAGAUGUUGAAUAUGAAGGAUAUUUGAUACCAAAGGGGUGGAAAGUACUCCCAUUAUUCAGGAAUAUUCACCAUAGUCCUGAUCAUUUCCCUGAGCCUGAGAAAUUUGAUCCCUCAAGAUUUGAGGUGGCACCAAAGCCCAAUACAUUCUUGCCAUUUGGCAAUGGGAUCCAUUCAUGUCCUGGCAAUGAACUGGCAAAGUUAGAGAUUCUGGUUCUGUUACAUCACCUAACCACAAAAUACAGGUGGUCUAUCAUUGGCCCACAAAACGAAAUACAGUAUGGCCCAUUUGCACUUCCCCAGAAUGGUCUACCCAUUGAUUUAUCCCUCAAAAGUCAAGACUAGCAUAUAAAUUCUUUAAUUAGGAUCAUACCAGCACUAGUGCAUCGGAUCCUACAAGAAGAUACUACCUAAAUCUAUGACGAGGAAAACAACUUCUUUUGACAAUUAAGUGACGAAUUUAAAGGGAGAGAAAAAGAAAAAAAUAGCCUAAUAUGAGAAUAAUUUUAUGAGUUUGAGAUAAAGAAUGAGAGAAUAAUUUAAAUAAUGAAUGAGGAGCUACUGCAAUUGUACAAAAGGCUCUUCACACAUCAACAAAUUUUGGAAACAAUUAUCAUGUUUUCAUUUUGUGGUAGUUGUAGUUAUUUUUUUUUUUUUUAAGACUUCAAUUCUUUCCCAAGAGUAGAAAAAGAAAGAAAAAAUCCGCAAGGAAUGAUUCUUGUAAAAUUGUAAAUUUAGAUUAGAGCAUGAGUAUGUUGGUGAGAGUGGUAUGAUAUUUACAAGAUGCCGCAAGGCAAAUUAAUGAGAAGUUUUAUUGGAUCAUAA